AUGAUUUGCGUUGACUCUCGCGAUGCGGAGAACCGAACUCCUCUCAUGAUUGCAGCCAUUAUGGGCGAAGACACUAUCAUCAAGCAGUUACUCAAGUCAAAUGCAGAGGUCAAUGCGGAGAAUGAGCAUAAGUUGACACCACUUUUCUUGGCUGUUGCGAAUUCUCACGCACAAGCAGUAAAGAUCUUACUUGAUCACCCUGGCAUACGGGUCAACCAAAAAGACGAGUAUGGCCAUACCCCUUUUUCGUAUGCUGCCAAGCGUCAAUUAAUUCAGAUAAUGAUCGACCUCAUCGAAAAAGGGGCAGAUCCUCACGCACUGGAAGCUGAGAAUGUGGCUGUGAUUAACCUCUUAAAAGAAGCCGACAACAAUUCUAUGCAUCUACUGGUGGAGGGACUGAGCUCAAUCGACCAAGAGGCGACACUAACUCUAGUGAAAAAGCUUAUCCAAGCUGGCUAUAACCUUGAUCAAGUUGACCCGCGAGGGAGAACUCCUCUGCAUCUUGCAUGCCUCAGUUGCAGGCAGGACAUUGUAUCGGCUUUAAUUAGCGCGAAUGCAGAUGCGAACUCUAAAGACCACACUGGAAAGGUUCCUUUGCAGUAUGCUUUGGAAACUCGAAACAAAGAUCUUGUGGAUCUAUUGCUUAAUGCUCCGUUAAUUGAUCUCAGCCGUAUUGGAUCCGAGGAAUGGUUCUUCCUAGGCGACAAAAAUCUUUCUUGGAUUCAGAUCACCAAGUUGGCCCAGCAAAACAACAGUUUCGCUGUGGAGUAUAUUAAUGAACUCGAGUGCAAUUGGCUGCCUAGCGCAAAACAAACGAGAUUGUGGUGA